CAGCUCGGGCGUUAUUCGCAGAUAAUGUCUCGUCCACUAGUUGCAACGAGUUCAGUAGUCUCGUGGCUUGUGCUGGUGUUGGUCGGACAAGUGAGCUGUGUGCAGGAUCAAGCUCCAGGGGAUGGUGUAGACAUAUGUACUGAUGAGAUCAUUAAUGGAGCGCCGAACCCGUUCUUUGCCAUCCGUCCAGUGUAUUCUGCUAAUGAGCGACCUCUCAUGGACUCCAGAGACUAUAACCGCCUGCUUCAGGAAAGUGGCGACGCGUAUGUACCAUGGCAAAGCGUUGAUAGGGACAACAACAAUACAAACGAUAUUAUAACUGAGUGGGUUCAAACUGGGCUAGCCACAUGUGCUGGGACAGUGACAGUGUGUGGAUUCAGUGAGGGGAGCUCAAGAGAACUGGCUCAUCACACAGCACAUCAACACAGUGCUACCAGGAGGAGGAGGAGAGAGAUUGAGGAAAGUGACUGUCGUGUUUAAUGGAACUCUCAAUGGAUGUGAUAUCAGUAGACAGUGCAGGCAGAGUUUUGAACUAUACAAAUGGGAGACCUCCACCAUUAACAGAACUGCAGCAACUGACACUGACAAUUAUGUCAGAGUUGGUCGAGUCUCUCCUGAUGUUACUGGAGUAAUGUCCUUUGUUGACUCUCAUGAUAUUGAAUUGGGUACCACAGAUGGUUUUUACUUGGGAGUUGUUGACUUGAGCACUUGUGUUACUCUCACAAGAAUUCUAAUUCUCUACUAUGUGUGUCCAGAGGAGACAUCAGAACUCAUCUCCAGACCUGAGGCAAUUGAAUCCCAGUCUCUGGAAGGCUCACCUUCAGUGGAGGGAGAGUGUGUAGAGAACAGUUCCACAGAGUCUGGGGCUAAUCCUAUUCUCAUAUGUGGUGCUAGGGGACAGUGGCAGGUGAUUAAACCUUGUCUCUGUAAUCCUGGAUAUCAGCUGGACACCAGUCAAGAUAUGUGCUCAGAAUGCCCAGAGGGAACCUUCUCAUCAGAACUGGGCAAUGGACCAUGUGAGACAUGUCCAGCUAACAGUGAGGGGACUGGAACUGCUCUGAGCCUCUGUCCAUGUCUCCAGGACUACCACAGAGCUCCUUAUGAGGGGCCGUCCGUCCCCUGUACACAGUCUCCAGGACCUCCGUCUGAUCUGAGAGUGUCAAAUGUGACUAACACAUCGGCCGUCCUCUCCUGGUCUUCUCCUGAUGAUAGUGGAGGGAGACCUCUCUAUGAGAUUCUGUACACCAUUACUGCCAUGGUUGGAGGGACAGUGACGGAGUUUGUGGUGGGAGAGGAUGGAGUGCUGAGCUGGUCUCCUCCAGUUCCUCCCAAUGGAGUCAUUCUCUACUACAAUGUCAUCAUAUCGUCGUCACCCCAUGUUGGGGAACUGGUAGCCAGAAUAGACGAGUUGAAUGAUACAAGUAUCGACCUGUAUCAAUGUUGCGGAGAUGUUGGUGGAACCUUUAACAUUGAGGUGCAGGCUGUGACAAGUGUUGGUGGCGGAGCAUUGUCGCUGCUAGUGACUGUGGCUCUGCUUAAACCAAGGCCUCUCUGUCUCUUAUACUCAUCUACUGAUGACAGUGGCAACAGUCAGCAGGGAGCUCAGGGGGUUGUGGUUGGAUUUGGUAUAGCAGUUGCAGUUCUGUUUCUACUUCUGCUGCUUCUUGGAACUCUGUUUAUUGCCUUCAUUCUGCACACCAGGCGCAGAAAAGUUGCUGCUAUGAAGCCUGCUACAGAUCAAAACGUGAAUCUGAAAGAGAACGAAGCAUAUGCGAGUAUUUCCUUACAACUGUCUGACAAUGCAAUUUAUUCAGUCGUACACUGAGAAAUCAAUUUUUAUGUGUGAAGGGAGGUUGUUAGCGCAUGCGCAGUAGUAGAUAGCUCGUGUGGGCGUGGCUGAUAGUGGAAGUGCAAACACCCAGGAAGAUGGGUCAGUCUUGUGAAGAGAGCAUGG